UAUCGUAUUGAGACUUCCGUCGGGUGGAUCGCAAACUCUUAUUUGAAUUCGCGCUUCGCACUUUAUUUCCGUUUCAAGAAAAAAGCCGUUGCGCUUGCUUUGAUUAGCACAAUUGUGUUUAGUGUUUAGAUCCGGGAAAAGUGCCUUGAAGUGUUCCAGUCUUCCAUUCCUUUUUGGGUUUGUCCUUUCGUCUAAGUUUAAUCGGUAAACUCGCGAAGAAUACAAGGAUUUUCGAUCAGAUUGCUCCGCGCGGUUUGUUCGGCCAUCGCAGCUUCCGCGGAGCAUGCGCAUGGUUGUUUUUUAAUCUCCCCUGCUGCUACUGUUGGUGUUUGUGGGACGGGAUGGGAAAUAUCGUCACACACCACAAUCAGCAUCUCGACAGCACCACACGAACCACCCAUUGAGGAAGAAGCACCGUAUCGGCUGGUAUCUGGCCAGGGAGACGCGAGUUUUGUACAUUAUUUUUGCAGUGUGCCGUGAAACACGGACAGGCAGGAUUAUAAAUAAUCUUGGAUUAAGGUGCCAAAAAUUUGCGCGCUUUCGAACUGUGCAGCGGGUGAGGUUUUCAAAGUCCAUUCGGAUAAGUGCUGUGAAAACUAAAUUCCUGACGCUCCCGUCUAGUCAGUGGCGAGAAUGUGACCACAGUGCGAAUUCUGCGUAUAUCAACAAACGACGCAGCUGCUGCAGGCGGCUGAAUGUCGUCAAUAAAGUGUCGAGUGAUAUUUUUUAUAGUGAUAAAAACCCUAACUUUAAAAUGUGCGUUAUUAGAACGCUAACAUUUGCGUGUAGUGUGUGAAUCAGUGCGUAAUUCCAUCCCUAGGAGAUUUUCCUUAGUGCGAUAAGAUUUUAAACUGAAAAAGCAGUUCACCUUCAAAAGAAAAUAAAUUUUUGAAACUAAAAAAAUGUCUUCUCACAGAAGAAAGACAGAAUGAGUGAAAAACAACUAAUCAAUUUGUGAAAUGUGUAAACAAAAAAAAAACGAAAAUAAAAGUGAAAAUUUACGACUUGUUUUGAAUAGUUAACUCCACGUGAUUUGUGUCCAACCCGCUACCGUGAGAGUGGGAAAACGUUCAGCAUAAUUCAACGUUUCGUGCUACAAACUGUACCCUAGUCGGUAUUGAUUACAACAACAUUCGCCCGUCAGUGGGCGCGAUUUCAGUGUGUCCAUUCGCCAAGAUUCGCCUCAUCAAUGAUUGGUGGCCAUGUCCGGAAUCUUCAAAUACAAUCCCAAUCGGUCGGCGGCCAGCACGCCAAACCGACGAUCGGCGUUCGGCGUUACCGGAUUCGGUGGAAGUCCCGCACAUCAACAGGAUGCUACCAUGGAUAACUCAUAUUCGAUGGGUUUCCGCUCACCAUCGAUGGGCACCCUGGCCGGUCAAAGUUCGCCGGCCCAGGGUCGAUCCCUGCGCGAGUACGAGGAGCAGAUGUCAACGCUGCGCAAGGAAAAUUUCAACCUCAAGCUGCGAAUCUACUUUCUGGAGGAAAAUGCAGGAAUGAGCGGUGCUGCUCCCGGCAGCAGCGGUGCCGGUAAUGCGAGCGGGCUCACCUCGCCAACCGAAACAGGAGUGCCGGAAAAUCUAUUCAAGCAGAACAUCGAUCUGAAGGUUGAGGUAGAAUCCCUCCGAAAAGAUCUGCAGGACAAACAAGACCUACUAUGUCAGGCUGCGAAAGCGAUGGAACUGAUGGAAGACAGCCAGCGGAAAGCCGAGGAGCAACACCAGACCGUAGUUGUCGACCUGGAGCAACGGCUCGAUAUGCUACAGCAGGAGAUCAAACAGCUGGAAGCGGCCGAUCGGCUGCAUCAGCAGCAGCACAAUAUGAGCCGCAGUCGAUGCAAUGAGACGGGACUGCUGGAUUUUCUCGACAAGAUGGAACACCAGAACGUUAACGUGCAGGAUCAACUGGAGAAGCUGGAGCUCGAAAACAGACUGCGACAGCGCAACGACGAGAACGCACAACUCUGCGCAAAAAUCGACAGUCUGCAGCAGCAGCUUGAAGAAAAAGAUCGCAAGUUAAGCGCCAUGGAUUCAGAACUAAGCGAACUUCGUUACGAGUGCGCUGAGCUGAAAGACAAAGUUGAGGAAGGUGAAAAAGCCACGUCGGAUGUCGAGAAUGUUCGACUGAAGCAAACCCUUUUCGAGACCAAGUCGGAACUGGCGUACAAGCUUUGCCUGCUGAACGAUGCCGAAGCGAAUCUGAAGGAAAAAUCCGCGGAACUGCUCAAGGCUACGAAGAUGAUCGAAAAGUUGUGCAAAACUAUCACCGAUCUGGAGAGGGAAAAUUCCCACCUAAAGCGGAACUCGAGCUCGGAAUCGUCUCCGAUUACCACCACCAAAGAAACCACCAGAAAGAUCAACUCCGAUCAUUCGCACAACCGAAGCGCUGGCCAACAAGCACUGACACAACCGCCUCCCGUUGUAAUCGAUCAGAACCAACUGCCGGUAAGCCAGCAAGAGUAUGACACGCUUUGCGCCCGCCUGAAGGCUCUGCAGAAGAAAAAUGACAGCCUCAUCCAAAAGCUAACCAGCGGAUCGAACGAUCGCAGCGAAAACAUCAUUAUCAAGCAGCUGAACGAUGAGCUGAUGCAGGCCCGGGAGGAAGCGGAGAAAAUGCAACGGUGGCGCAAGGAGUGUGUCGAUGUGUGUGCCAUUUCGACGGAGAGACUGGAGGAACUGGCUGGUUUCCUGGAUUCGCUAUUGAAGAACAAAGAAUUCGGAGGCUCGCUGUCGGUAGAUCGCAGGAAGGCGAUGCGGAGAGCCGUUGAACGCAGCUUGGACCUCUCGCGUAGUUUGAACAUGUCCAUUUCCGUUACCGGGUUGUCCCUGCCAGAGAACAGUCUAGUCGGUUUGAGCUGCUUGAGCGGCUUUUUAGCUGAUACUGGUGCUGCUGAUGUCAGUAGUUUCCGUUUCGACAAAGAAGGUAAUAAGGAAAAUCAGACGCUCAACUUGCACGAAGACAACAGAGUCGCAAGAAACGCCGCAAAGGAAAUCGAGUGUUUGAAAGCGGAAAAUCUAAAACUGAAAGGACAGCUAGAGGACAGAACAAUAAACAAAUCUAAGAGCAAUCAUGGAGACAUCCGACGAAAGUUAGUACCAGUACUAGCGGAACCCAUAUCCGAUUCGGAAUCAUGGUCCGAGCCGGACCGGGAUGUGUCUCUUGCUAGAAUUGGACUAGAAGAACGGUCAUCGUUAACGAAUUCAGCCGGAAAAGGUAAGAAUUCGACAGGGAGAAUCCUCCAAGAGCUUAGUUCUACUUCGGAGAACGAGGCAAAUGUUGGACACUCCAAAAAACAAUCCCUGGAACUAAAACAACUGCAAGACACUGUGAGCUCACUGAGCAACAUCAUCCAGGAGAAAGAUAGUAAGAUCCUAGACAUUCAGAGCCGUUUGGUAGAUCUGGACAAUAAAUUGCAAGAAGAACGAAUGAAAACCUCUCGCACACAAAUGGAACUAGAGAACACUCGUCAUGUGAACGAACGGCUAGCAAAGCAAAAUAAUGUGCAAGCGGAACGCGUCACUAGCAGUGAAAAUCGACUUGAAGAGCUCACCAGAGAGAUUCAACAGAAAGACGAGUUUAUAGAGAAAUUGAAAAAGGAUCGCGAGCAAGCUUUCGUGGACCUUCGAGUGGCCGUUAUGAAACUGGACACUCUCCGCUCGGAGCAUUUGGAAAUUCAACAAAAACAUAAAACUCAAACUGAAUCUCUUCUAGCUCAGGAACGGCUUCGGUUGGAAGAUCUUCGUCGGGAUCUGACGGAAUCAUUUAACAACCAGCUAAAAGCAAAGCAAGCUUCGUUCGAGGCAAGUCUAACCGACAGCUACAUCUCCAAAAACAUCUAUUUGGAGAAGACUAAAGAGCUGGAGGAACUACACUACCGGCUAGAAGAUGCCCAUCUCAACCUCGUCAGCAUGUCCGAGGAAGAGUCCCGUCUGAAGACCCAACUAGCCGAGGCCGAAAAGUCUGUUCAAGCAAUGCGCAAGGCUCUAGACGAAACAACACUGCAAGCUUCGAAGGCUGCACUAGAGCGAUCUAAAGCGCUUAGCGAGAAACGCCUGCUAGAGGAACAACUUAAAAACGUUCACUGCGAUCUGGAAGCUGUGAAGACUGAAAAGAACGACCUCAACGCCAGACUAGUAGAGCUUCAAGCUCAACUGGCGAGAUCACCGACAAAGCGACUGAACAGUUCCUCAACAUCAGAAGGAUCCAAUGCCUUCGGUUACACCUCGGAGGAACUGCACAAUUGCAAACAACCAUUCAAGACGGAGGAAACGCCCCGACAGCAAAACUCGUCCCCUGAUUUGGGCAUCGAAAGCGAUGCCGGCCGGCUCUCGAACACGGAAUCGAACCGCCUGGAACCAACGGCAGCCGAUAGCUCGACCAGUCCCGCUAGGCCGCUGCUGAAGACACUCGAGCUGACGAAAUCGAUGAGCAAUCUGCUGAUGGAUCCGAAAGAGGAAGCCAAAUCUGAGCUCAACGCGUCCCUGAAUUCGAACAGCAGUAAGUCGAUUGUCCACGAUUGUGUGAAAAUCGAAGCGGACUACGCGGAGCUAAAGCGGCGAUACAAACAUACGCGCCACCAUCUGGAGCAGGCCUACGAUAGCAUCAAAACGUCCAACAAACGUAAGGAGCAACUCGAGCGGGACAUCAAGCAGCAGAUCCAGAAAACGAACGUUGUUCUCAAGACGGUUCGCACCAAUAUGACCAACGAACUGGAGAAAUCCUCCUCCAGCGGUGCCAUCGAUGGACGGAAAAGCUGAAAUCAGCUCACGCCAAUACUAGACUAGACGAUAACGAGAGCCAUCCAUUCCUUUUAGAACAAUCGGCAAAAUGUGAAUCAUCAUCAACCCAGGCAACAUAAUUGUUGUGCCAUUUUUAAAACAAACGGACAUGAAAAAUUGUACUAUACAGACAUGAUAACGAUGGUUAGGUUACUAGGAAGCAUGUAUAUUUUUGCGCGUGGAAUGAUAGUGUGUGUACUUGUAGGUGAAUGUGUAUUAUGAUAAGGCUUUUGUUUUUUUUAUCAAUUAGUCCGAUUUAACUGACGAUUUCAUGUGCUUCGUUCUUUUGCUAGCAACUGACUGACCUUUUAUUGCUAUUUUAUUUUCAAAACUUUUUUCAAUCUAAACCACCACGCACACUAAUUUAUUUGUAACAAAUCGUCGAAAAUACGUUCUUAUUAAAAGUCGUUUUUAAAAGUGAAAAAU